UAAAAUAAAAAUGAAAGAAAUUUUUAACUUAAUCACGAUUCAAGCUGCAAAUAUCUUGCAGUUCACGGAUUGAUAAUUAAAAGUGAGGAAAGAAAAAAAAUUUCUCUUAAAAUUAUUCAAGAAUUUCUCCAGAGAUUAAUUUGAGACAUAAAAUGAAAAUCAAUUUUACAAAGUCAUCUCUAAAGCCACAUCAAAAUGUUUCUCUUCAAUAAGUAAUAAAGGCAACCCGCAGUGAGUGUAUCACCAUUUAGAAAUUAAUUAAUCAAUUCGGAAUGUCACGAUGUAGAGUUGAAGCUGCCGCAAGUAAAUAAGGAAUAAAGAAGUUCAAUUCAAAAAGUAUUCAAACAAAUAUUUGGUUUGGGAUUUUACAUUGAUUCCGACGAAAAGACAACUGAGAGGCGAAAGAAAAAAAAUGAACGCUCUAAGAAACGUUCAACAUUCAACCGUAAACUGUAAAGUCAAGCAGAACAUUUCGACUCCAUCCACUGACCUACGCUCCAACUCAAGACGGCUGAAAUGUCAUAAAAUAUACAAUCGAAGCUCAACUAUGGCACUAUAUCACGCAACGAUUUACAUAAAAUUACAUUAGUCACAAUUUUUCAAAAUAUACAUCACAAUAAGAAAGGUUGACAGUGUGGUUGCAAUACUGGCCGAGAAUAUUUACACUUAAAAUCGUUGAAAAGUAACUAACAAGAAGCUUCUUGCACCCUUUUUUGAUGAAUAAAGAAUGAGA